AUGUCGAAAUGGGACCAACCAAACCAGUUGACGGCUGGCGAGCGAGCAAAACUAGAAAAACGUAAAAAGCGUCAGCUGAAGUCAGAGAAUGGUCGCAAUCAGAAACGUAGAAUUGAUGAUAAUGAAAAAUCAGAGCCAACGCGUGGUAAUAUCGACGUUGGGACCAGCAGUCUACCGCAGUCUGCUAUACCAACAAUCCAGAGAUGUCGAAGUAUUGAUAACUACGAAACUCUUAACAAAAUCGAAUCUGGCACAUAUGGAGUAGUUUAUCGAGCCAAGGAGCUCAGCACGCACGAAAUUGUGGCAGUCAAGAAACUUAAGCUGCUGGAAGCCUCACAAGGGUUCCCGAUCACGAGUUUACGAGAAAUAGCAGCUUUGAAAGAGAUGAGUGGUCAUCCGAAUAUUGUACGUAUACGUGAGGUUGUGGUUGGAGAAAAGACUUCAGAUGUCUAUAUAAUUAUGGAUUUUGUUGAGCAUGAUUUGAGAACACUGAUCCAAGAUAUGCGAGAACCUUUUCUGAUCUCGGAGACCAAGACUAUACUACUACAAAUUGCAUCUGCCACAAAAGCAAUUCACGACAAAUGGCUGAUGCAUCGUGAUCUCAAAACUUCAAAUGUCCUAAUGACAAAUAAUGGUGUGGUCAAAAUAGCUGAUUUUGGGUUGACUAGAAAGGUAGAUAACAAGUCAGCCUUGACCCAAACAGUUAUUACGCUAUGGUAUAGACCGCCUGAAAUCCUCUUGGGUGCCAAAGAAUACGGCUGUGAAAUAGACAUGUGGGCUAUAGGAUGUAUAUUUGCCGAGUUACUCUAUAAACAGCCACUUCUACAAGGAAAAUCAGAAACCAAUCAGCUGAUAGAGAUCAUGACUAUACUUGGUCCACCAAGUGAAGAAUAUUGGACGCAUUGCCUGAAAGCAUAUCCUGCUGCUAGGAACAUCAGAUUACCUUCACAACAGUCUGACAUUAUGGCUUCAUUACUUCAACAUGUUUGCUCUGAUGGUGCCAAUCUAUUACAUGGCUUACUUGAAUAUGAUCCAUCCAAAAGAUUAACAUGUGACGAUGUGUUGUCGCAUCCUUUUUUCUCAAAAGAGCCAUUGCCAAAACCUCUUUCAAUGUUCCCAUCAUUUCCCUCUAAAGGAGGUCUAGAACACCGCCCUUCGAGGUAG